AUGGGAGCCAGUUGCCAGGACCAGAAAAAGGCGUUGGCCAUCUGUCUUCAAAGAUCGCCAUGCGUCCUCAUCGAGCGGAACACCCCCAAAAAAUGUCUCACCGACCCCAAGUUGAAAAAAGAAUUGCCCGAGUUGUGCGUGGCCAAUUUCAAGGCGUUUAUGAAAUGCAAAAACGGCUUUUUCGACAUGCGCAAGCGCAUGCGGGGAAACGCCCCGUUGUCGACAGGGAAGUACGACGAGAUGUACGAGAAGCUCUCGACCGGUGACUUUGAUGCUCACGAGGAAAUGCGUAAGCUUGACAUGUUGAACAAGAAUUUGGCCAAGGAAAAGGCGUACCCUGAAAAGAGCGCCGAGUAG